AUGGCGACUGGGUCGGGUUGGCAGCAGCGCUACUGCCCUGCCGGUCAGGGGAAAUUUAGCACAUCCUCGGCAUCCAGCAUGUCCUUUCAGUCCGGCAUCGCCAUGGAAUAUACCCAAGACCUACACCUGAAGAUGAGCAAGAAGAUAGCACAGCUAACAAAGGUUAUCUAUGCACUGAACACGAAAAAUGAUGAACACGAGGCAGCCAUCGCUACUCUGAAGGAGGCUCAUGAAGAGGAGGUGCAGCAGAUUCUUUCUGAGACCAGGGAGAAGAUACUCCAGUACAAGAGCAAGAUCAGCGAUGAGAUGGACCUGAAGAAGCGGAUCCAGUCUCUGGAGGAGUCAAUGGAACUCCACGAGAGGAUGAAGAGGCAGGCCCUGGCCGAGUUCGAGAGCUACCGUCAGAGGGUGGAAGACAUGCAGCUCUGCACUGAGGCUCAGCACACGCAGCGUGUGGUGUCUAUGUCGAGGGAGGUGGAGGAGAUGCGACGGUCCUUUGAGGAGAAGCUGCGUACAUUCAGCCAGGCACAGGCCCAGUUUGAGCAGGAGAAGAAGGCCGCGCUGGAAGAGCUCAAGGCUGAGCACAGACAGGAAAUCCAGGAGCUUCUUCGCAGCCACCAGAGCCAGAACGCAAACUACAGCAAAGACCAGGAGAAAUUGGUACAGCUCCAUAAAGCCGAGGUUGAUUCUCUGACAGAGCGGGUGGAGGAGCUGAAACAGGACAAGAAGAGACUGGUGGAGGAGUACGAGGCCAAACUCAGCAAGGCUCAGGCCUUUUAUGAGCGCGAGCUGGAGGCCAUGAAGAGAACCCAGCAGCUUACCGCCGACAACCUCUUGGCAUGGAAACGCACUGAGGCCGAGCUGCGACGGGAGUUUCAGACUCAGGAGGCGGCGCUGCAGAAAACCCUCGGAAAACUGAGGGCCGAGCUGGCCAGGGUGUCGGACGAGGCUCGGGAAAACCGGGAGAGGUCCUACAAGCUGCAGUCGUCACUUAACACUGCAGAGAGCAACGUCAAAGACUUAACCAAGCAGCUGGACGAGGUGACCCAGAACUCGGAGAUUGUGGAAAUCCGUCAGAAGGAGGCUGAAUGUGAACUAGAGGCAGCCAGAGACCGAGUUCAGCAGCAGGCAACUGAAAUACUUCUCAAAGCCAGUCAGAUAAGCAGUCUGCAGGCCACCCAGAUGACCCAGGAAGCAGCCAUCAGAGACCUGGACAACGAGCGGAAUAGGCUGAAGGACAAGGUGGUGCGGAUGGAGGAAGAGAGGGAGGCCCUUCAGAGCCAGGGCCAAGCACUGGAUGAAAGACAGAAACAGCAGCUCCAGGCCCUGGAGAAGACCCUCCGUGAUGAGAAAGUGUCCCACGAGAAGGACGUGAACAGUCUGCGAGCUCGAUACGAAGAGGAGACCAGCCAAAUGAAGGAGAGCCAAGCUCGAGCUCUGGAGGAAGUCGCCAAGAAGAACAGGGUGACCCUGGAUACCGCUCUCAACAACGCCGAGAAGGACAAGAACCGCCUCCUGGCUGAGUUGGAGCAGCAGUUUGAGAGGGAGCGUCAGUCACUGGAGGAGCAGAAGACGCUGCUCAGGCAGCAGCUGGAUGAGCUGAGGGAGGAGCUGACGUCCAAACUCAAUGCGGCCACUGAGGAGGUGUCUCGGCUGCAGCAAGAAGUACAGCAGGGGGAGAAUGAUAUUAAAACAGCUGAGGGGCAGAUCUCCACACUGAAGGAGGCGCAGGACAAGCUGCUGGAGGAGCUGGAUGCUACCCGGGCCCGACUGAGAGAGACCAGCAACCUGCUGACUGCACUGCAGGGAGAACUGGAGACCCAAAAACGUCAGCAUGAAGCCAAACUCAUCACCACCAAAGAAGAAGAAAAACAUAAGAUGGACAAGAUGGCGCUGGAGCUGGAGCUCAAAUGGACUGAAACACUCAGGCAGGAGUGUAAGAAGCUACGUGAGGAGCUGAAAGAGGAGCACGAGGAGGACAAAAACUCAGCCUUGGCUCAGCUGGCGCAAAGCAAGGAGCAGGAACUGAGCAAUGCCAGGGAGAGCUGGCAAAGGAAAGUGGAGGACCUGCUAGAACAGAUAUCCUUGUUGAAGCAAAGUCUGGAGAUGCAGCUGUCCCAGUCGCAGUCGUCGCUGCAGCAGCUACAGCACCAGUUCAGCCAGGAGAGGGAGCACCUGAGGAUGCAGCUGGAGGAGCUGCAGACGGAGCAUCAGAGGCGACAGCAGCGUCUGCAGGAGGCCCACCGCUGCGCCAUGCAGGACAUGGAGCACGCCAGGCAACGUGAUUUGAAGGAGCUGGAGGAGCGUCUCCGCCACCAUCACCAUGCAGAGCUGCAGUCUCUCAGAGAGGCUCACCGCCAGAGCAUCGAGACGCUCAAACAGCAGUCAGAACAAGAGCUUCAAACGCUCCGCUUUGAACUGGAGGAUGAGGGCAAAGCCAUGUUAGCCUCUCUGCGAUCGGAGCUGAACCACAUUCACGCGUCAGCCAUCGAACACCUGAGACAAACCCACCAGCACGAGUCAGCCGCCGCCAAGGCCGAGCUGGAGAAGACGAUCGAGAAUAACCGGACACAGGAACGCGAGCUGUUGGGCCGGAUCUCCGAGUUGCAGGAGGAGGUGACGAGGAGGAAGAACCACAUCGCUCAGCUGGACCAUCAAAUCCACACGCUCAACGAGAACAUCAGCACCCUGACUAAAGAGCUGGAGCUGAAGGGCAAGGAGGUGCUCAAGAUCCGCAGUGAAGCCAAUCAGCAGAUUCGGGCUCAUGAGCAGGAGCUGACAAAGAGACACGAGCGGGAGCUAGCCGAGCUGAGCGCCGUCCACAGCAGGGAGACGCAGAACAUGCUGUCAGAUUUCAACAAAGCCCAGGAACUGCUCAAAGACAAGAUCUCCGCCCUUCAGAUACUGUUGGAAGGAACAGAGGAGAAGUUCAGGAACAGAGAGAGUCGUCCUGAGGAUCUGCAGCUCAUUGCCGAGCUCAAAGAUAUGGUUUCUGAGAGAGAAACUCUAGUCAAAAAACUGGUGGACGAUAAAAAGUUCUACCAGCUGGAACUCGUCAACAGGGAGACCAACUUCAACAAAGUGUUCACCGCCAGUCCUAAUGUGGGAGUUAUCAACCCGCUCAUUAAGCCCUCCUGAAACAAAGGACUCUGCCAUCGACUCCCCGGACGCUCAGCGCCAGGAGUGGUUCGCCCAAUACUUUUCCUUUUGAUCGACCACAGACCUGCAAACACAACGAUUCAGCAUGUCAACCGAACUUUAAAAAAAAAAAAGAAAAAGAAAAAACUGAUGAAAAAAAAACAAACAAAAAACUGGAAAAAAUCUUCAAACUAUUUGUUAUUUAUCGUCAUUGAUCGGUUCGGGGAUCAAUCCACUUUGGAAUCAGUCGACCGAAACUGUAAAUCCUGGUUUGAGAAUCGCUUCUCCUCGACGUGUCGAUUAAACGCACACAACCUGAUGUCGCUGAUUUCCACUUCUGGGAGAAACGCCACGAUUUUACACUUCCUGCCGUGACCGAGACCAAAGUGAAUUGAACCCGACCGCGACAUCAAAUGUCAUCGCUCCGAUCUGAUUUGAUUGUUUGAUUCUCUCUGAUUGUUUCACUGUGGAGGAGUUUCUCUCGUAGUACAGUGACAAUGAUCAUCCGUAUGUUUGAUGUUUAUUUCAUUCCUUUACUCUUCGACUUAUUUUGCAGUUUCUUGGAACUAGAAUAAAAUAUGAGUGGUGCAUUUUCAUGCUGCUAAUUGCCAUUGUUGGACUACAGUAAGAACUAUAUAUAAAGAAUUAUACGGUAGGUAAUUGUGCUCUCUUUGUACGUGGGCCCCACUGCAUACAGCAUCUUAGACUAGGAGGGCUGAUCUAAGACCAGUUCGCCUCCUCAUUUAUGGUGACAUUAACUUCGGACCUGAUCCUAGAUCAGUUACACUUCUCUGGCGUGCUCUGUGAAUACAGGCUCUUAUUUUAGGACGGCACCAUCAUGGCGAGUUUGUUACAGCUGCAUAGAAGUUUCAGCCGAUUUUGGUAGAAUAUUAAAACCUGUUUGUAUGGUCGUCUGUCUCAACACAGAUAUAAUGAUGUCUCACCAAUUUUAAAAUCAAAAAUAGCAUAUUUUAUAUUUAUAUUAUAAUGUGUAUGCUUAAUAAAUUAUU